AUGGUGUUCGUGAAGGGUCCGGGCCUUUACUCUGACAUUGGCAAGAAAGCCAGAGAUCUUCUUUACAGGGAUUAUCAGGGUGACCAGAAGUUUACUCUCACUACUUACACCGCAAAUGGGGUGGCCAUCACUUCAUCUGGGUCCAAGAAGGGUGAACUUUUUCUUGCUGAUGUUAACACCCAGCUGAAGAACAAAAACAUGACAACUGAUGUGAAAGUGGACACUAACUCCAAUGUUUACACUACCAUUACUGUUGACGAGCCUGCCCCUGGAGUGAAGGCUAUCUUUAGCUUUGUUGCUCCCGACCAGAGGUCGGGCAAGGUGGAGCUUCAGUAUCUGCAUGAGUAUGCUGGUAUAAGCACUAGCCUGGGGCUUACUGCAAAGCCCAUUGUCAACUUUUCUGGAGUUGCUGGUAAUCAGAAUGCAGCUUUUGGGACUGAUAUCUCAUUUGACACGGCCACCGGGAAUUUUACCAAAUACAAUGCUGGAAUCAGUUUUACCAAUGCCGACUUAAUUGCAUCCUUGACACUGAAUGACAAGGGCGAAAGCGUAAAUGCAUCCUACUUCCACACGGUGAGCCCAUUGUCCAACACAGCAGUUGGUGCGGAGUUCACCCACAGCUUUGCUACCAAUGAAAACACCCUCACCAUUGGGACCCAGCACAUGCUCGACCCCCUCACCUCAGUCAAAGCUCGGGUCGACAACUAUGGGAAAGCGAGUGCCCUCAUACAGCACGAGUGGCGCCCCAAGUCCCUGGUCACCAUUUCGGGUGAGGUGGACACCAGGGCCAUUGAGAAAAGCGCUAAGAUUGGACUCGCUGUCGCAAUCAAGCCGUAA